GACUUCGGAUCAUUGACAGCCUGUAAAGAGACUGCGCCGUUUCCCUGUACAAGACUUGCCAGGACAAUGCCUCAUGGCCGCCCUGCGAAGCGCAGGCGCAUUACACCGCCGCUCGACGAUGAUAGACCUUCGGAGACGAUUAAGUCGUCUGAACUUUUCGCUCGAGCGGCCGACUGGGACCUAGAGCAGGCAUACGAGCAGAAGAAUAGAAGUAAGAAGAACAAAGAGCCUACCAGAUUACCCAUCAAGACUGCAGAAGGCCGAGUCCAACGGGUAGAAGAGGAAGCGAACGGGGAUGACUCCGACAGUUUUCUAGGAUCUGGCUCCGAGGACGAGGCCAACAAUGAGCCAGACACUCCUCCAACAGAAUCCGAACCUGCCAUACAAGUCCCGGUGAAGCAACAGAUACUUUCCGCGAAAGAAGAUAUCGCCCGUCUCGCCGGACAUCUCAAUGAAGACCCGGAAGAACACGCUUCAGCAUUCAAAAAGCUGGCACAGAUCAGUGGGCCAAAUUCGCCCAUUCCCGUGCAAAAGCUGGUGUUGGCGGCACAAGCGGCGGUCUACAAAGAUGUGAUACCGGGCUAUCGGAUAAGAGCUUACAAGGACGAAGACCUUGGGACGAAGGUGUCGAAGGAGGUGCGCCAGACGCGACAAUACGAGCAGUCGCUUGUCGCAGGAUAUCAAGCCUACGUCAAGCAUCUGGCCAACCUUGCAAAGGUGCGAAAAGGCGACGAAGAAUCGCGAUCUCUUCGAAGCGUUGCGAUCAAUUGCGUCUGCACGCUACUUCUCUCCGUGCCGCACUUCAACUUCCGCACCGAACUGCUCAACGUCCUUGCACGAGAGCUCGCCAGCAGGGAGGCGACGCCGGACUUUGCGAAAUGCAUCGGGACCAUUGAAAAGAUAUUUGCAGACGACGAUGACGGCGCGCCGUCCCUAGAAGCUGUCGGCAUCCUUACCAAAAUAAUGAAGGCUAAAGAGUAUCGUUUGCGGGAAGAAGUUCUAAACACCUUCUUCCAAUUACGCUUGCUAUCAGAACUUUCUGCUACGAGUUCCACUACCAGGACAGACAAGUCAGAAGAUGACGCCUCAAAGAUGCGUGGGAGGAAAGUGAAGAAGGAGAUGUGGGAGCACAGAUCCAAGAAGGAGAAAAAAUUUGCCAAGGAGCGAAAGGCGGUCGAGAAAGAUAUGCGCGAGGCUGAUGCGACGGUCAAUUAUGAAGAGCGGGAGAAAAUGCAGUCGGAAACCCUGAAGCUGGUCUUCGUCACAUACUUCCGCAUCCUGAAGGCGAGGGUUCCCGAGCUAAUGGGCGCGGUGCUCGAAGGAUUAGCCACCUACGCUCAUCUCAUCAACCAGGACUUCUUCGGUGACAUCCUCGAGGCCCUCAAGGACAUCAUCAGCCAAGCCGACGCAGCCUCGAAGGGUGAACUGGACCUGGAUGAUGAGGAGAUUGGCACGCUGCUGGACGUUGAUGGAGAAGAAAUUCGCAACCGGACCCGCGAAAGCCUGCUUGCGACACAGACGGCAUUCACGCUCCUGUCGGGACAAGAUGUUUCCAAGGCUGCCUCGAGUCUGCACCUGGACCUUUCGUACUUCACCUCGCAUACAUACCGUUCACUGUAUCCGCUGGCCCUCGAUGCGGAUAUCGAGCUUGGUCCGAAAUCAGUGCACCUGCCAGAUCCUCAUGUACCAAAGUCGUCACAAAAAGCGGCUAACAAGGUCAACGUCUCGACGCCGAUCUUGCUCCUGGCCCGCGUGCUGACCUCCAUACUGCUCACGCCGUCUCAACCUCCGCCGACAGUUGCAGCUGCUUCGUUCUUCAAGCGCCUGUUGACGAUAUCGGUACAAUUACCUGAGAAAUCAGCACUAGCAGUAUUGAGUCUUCUGGCCAAGAUCGCCGACAAGCAUGCCCGCAAGAUUGAAGCACUCUGGUACAGUGACGAAAGGAAAGGCGACGGAGUCUUCAAAGGGGAAGCCGACACUGUAGAAGGUACAAAUGUACUAUCCACUGGCAGUGGAGUGUGGGAGACGGAGUUGUUAAGAAGACACUACUGUCCAAAGGUCAGAGAGCAGGUGGCCUCUAUCGACAAGGUCAUUGCUGGACUACAUAGAUAGCUACAUCGGGCGAUCAAUCGCUGAGACGCAUUGCUCUAUGAAGGCACCAUACCGCAUAACAUGCCAUGCCGUGUAGGCAGGCCCUGUAGUCCGUGCAGCUAACAUCCUGGGGUGCAAAUGUUUGCAUCGUCGAUUCGUCACGGCUGUUGAUUGCGUACAGGUACGGGAGACAACGGUUACGCUAAAUUUUUCUUCGGCAGUGUUUGUAGUGCGCAGCUCCUGGCCCUUGCUUCUCCGGCAGAGCUUCGUCAAAGCUCCAUCGGAUCUGUCUAGCUAGCAUAUAUUCGUCAAAGCUCUUCAAAUGCAUGCUUGAUCAUUGUAAGGUUCGAUACACGGUGAUCAGCCAUGCGUUGUAGCCCUGUAGGUGUUGUCAGGGGCUAUUGCCACCUGUGGCUUGGGAUGGACGUCUUCCCCGUGCACGCCAGCGAUUGGGUCCGCAUCGUAGCG